AUGGAAGGAAAAGACUCAAUAGUUCCGUUGAAGGCAAAGCGACGCAGUAGCGGUGAGGCGAUUUAUGAAAAGUACUUGAAUAUCAAGAGCUACGUGCUGCCUAAUGAUGAUGGUGCGGUGCAACCACCUGUGGAGAUAUCGAAUUCAACGGACGAAAAAGAAUUAGAAGCUGGUGAAGUGGUCAGUAAUGAUGAUAUUACACAUGAUACUGUACUCUCGGGCUCUGGCGUGUCUGCUGCUGCUGUUCUACCUGCUGAUGAUGAUAAGCAAGAGCCCGAAGAGGAACUCGAGGGACAGCUUAUGGGGUCUCAGCAGGAAGCAGUAGUAGAUACGUUACAGCCCAAGGCGUCAGCUUCUUAUGUCCUUGCUGCUGAAGAUAAUACCCAACUAACGGCUGUUGGCACUUCUUGUACUUCUGUUCAUUCUACUAUUGACGCUCACACUGUUCCAUUGUCGCCGUCUGCUGCUGCGUUUGAACGUGAUCGUGCUCCUGUGCAAUCGUCUCCUUUGCCGCUGUCGCAUCCACCGCGAAACGAACAGUAUGCAGCUUCGCGAGGUGGCGGAUCAAUCAAAGUGACUAAUGACGGACGUGGUAUGACGUCUCGAAGUAUGGAAGAAUAUGGAGGAUCGAGGUCACCAAAGUCUCCGCUAAAGAUGAUGAGAGGACCGGAAGAUCCCUUGAGAGGACGCAGCCGAAAUCGCAGCAGAAGUCGUGGACGCAAUGGUAAUGGCAUGCCAGGUGAUAUAAAUGGAGAUGGCCAGUCAUGGCCCCCACGUGGGAAUAGACGCUCUGAAGACCCUCUUUCUGGACACAACGGAUAUUUUGACGGACAUGCAAGAGGUGUGCGCAGUCCGCAAGGUAGAUUUGGUGGCCGACCAGGCAGUCCUUGUCGACGGCCUGGCAGCCCGCCACGCGGUGGUUUUGACGGAAGGCCCGUCAGUCCGCUUUGUGGUGGGUGUGACGGAAAACUUGGCAGCCCGUCACGUGGUCACUUUAACGGAAGACUUGGCAGCCCGCUACGCGGUGGCUUUAGCGGACGGCCUGGCAGCCCGUCACGCGGUGGCUUUAACGGAAGACUUGGCAGCCCGCCACGCGGUGGCUUUAACGGACGGCCUGGCAGCCCGCCACGCGGUGGCUUUAACGGACGGCCUGGCAGCCCGCCACGCGGUGGCUUUACCGGACGGCCUGGUAGCCCGCCCCGCGGUGGCUUUGACGGAAGACAUGGCAGCCCGCUACGCGGUGGUUUUGACGGGAAACUAGGCAGUCCGCCACGCGGUGGCCACAAUAGCGGUAUGGGUAGCCCAUUGCGUAAUGGUUUUCAAGGUGGACGUAGCCCUCGACGCGACGGGUUCAACGGUCAUCCAGGCGGCCCUCGUGGACGUUCUCCGCCGCGUGAAGGCUACUGGCGGGGACAGUCGAUGAGCCCUGGACGAGGUGGUCCAAGAAGAGACUUUCGCGAUGGCGGACGAGACAGCCCGCGUGGUAGGAUGAUUGGAGAGUGUGGCCCAGGUGGACCUCGUCGGAGUCGUAGUCGCAGCCCGCUUUCUCGUGGCCCCCAGCAUGUUCCUCCACGCAACGGCCCCGCCUUCGGACUUCCUGAUCGUCGGUCUAGGUCGGGAAGUCUUGGCAGGAUGGGUAUGAGUGGACCGAGAAGCCCUGGCAGGAUGGGUAUGGGAGGACCGAGAAGUCCGCCACGCAAUGGUUUCGAUGGCCGUGGUCCUGGCAGUCUUCCUCCAUUCAAAGACAGUGGAUCACCGAUGAUGGGAAGUUUUAAUCCUUCGCUUGAACCUGAUGGUCGGUCAAACACGUUUCGUCCGCGAGGUCGAAGCCGCAGUAUGAACCGACCGCCCUCGAGUGAAGUGAUGCGCAAAAGGGACCGUAGCUGGGAACGUGGUGGGCCGCCGCAGCGACCAUUAAACAACGGGCCUUUGCCUGAUAGCCCGCGUGUGAUGGAGCCUGGGCCAUUUGAGAUUCCAAGUGAAUGGAACUUUGAGUUAAAACGCAGUGGCAAGGUCAAGUGUCGCUGCAGUGCGACCUCUCUAUCGGUCGGCAUUAGCCGCCAGUUGCCGUUGUAUCUGGAUGUGGUAACACUGCCACAUUUGAAGAGGUCACCCGAGUUUUUGCAGCUUGAUCGGCCAAACAUACGACGAGUUGUUUACGAACUUAAACCCGAGUCAAUGGCGGACGCAAGCGGCUACCGUGAAUUUGUUGAUUACCUUAUCGAAGGACGAGGCGGUCACGCACGUGCUGGAGCAGCUACGGAGAUGGAACCUCAAGGGUUUAAAAUUUUUCUCUUACCUCCAGGUCAAGCAGCACGACAGAUUGGUUAUAAGGGAGACCAUAUGAUUGCCGUUCUACGCUCUCGUUGA